AUGGAUCAAAGUGACAUGAACGACACAUCUGGGAAGAUUUGGGAACCUCUGGUUAAGGAGUUCGGAACUCCAAAACUUGUUUUGUCCGUAAUCGGUGACUCGGACAGCUUUGUCCCCAGAGCCUGGCCAAAAUCAGUUUUUCAGACGGCACUGAUUGAGACUCACAAAAGCAGUGGGGGAGAUACGUGGAUUCUUUACGGCAAUAAAAAUGUGGGUGUAUCAAAGAUUGUAAGAGACGCAAAAGAUGUUUACACCACAAUGGAGAAGUCAAAGACUAAAAAAGGAAACGAUAUUAUAUUAAUUGGAACUUCAUCAACAGAUUCUACUGAAAAAGGCCAAAUCCAAAUUGAAGAUCAAGAAAAACUCAGUCCAAACAGUGCUGUUAUGAACUUGUCCAACUUAUUAGAACUAGAAGAAUUUGUUCAGAAACAAAUGGUAUCUAUCUUCACAAGCUUAACUACAGAAGAACAUAUUCCUGGUUUUGUCAUGCAUAUACCGAUUGUAAUAAUCCUUCUGGAGGGAGAUGUUGAUGACAUUAAACAUGUUGCUGAAGCUGUCCAUAAAAAUGUGCCGGUCAUCGUCAUCAAGGGUUCAGGCAAAGCAGCGGAUAUCAUCCUGGACUUUCUCAAAAGCGAGGAUAACCUUCGAAGCCAGGCAGCACUUCUAUUUGGACUCAAGUUCGAUGACAAUCACUUUGAUGAGUUGGAAAAGAACCUCAAGAAACUGAGAGAAAGACCGUGGAUGGUGAGCGAGUUUGACACUGAACAUGAUGAUCCAUUGAUGUUUCCCAAGCUUGUUGGUGAAGCAGUGGUAAGGGGGUGGGCAUUGGAAGAAGUGCAUGAAACACCUGCAUUACCGGAAAAAGGCGAUUUAUACGGCAUUUCGUCGUAUGAAAGUGCAAAAGUUCCCGCUGAAGUCCCAAAUGGUUCCCUUAUAAAGGAAAACGGUUAUUUGUGCAGUGAAAAUAAGCAUGACAAACCGGUUGUAUCUUGGAGUUUGGAAGCUCAUAAGGACGAAGUCACCAAAGACAAGAAAGUCACCAUUGCCGAAAAAUUACUGACAUCUUUCGGUACAGAGGGAUAUAUUGUGGAUUCAAAAUAUACAUCUCCACCCUCACUUCCGCUUUAUUUUUACGUCGGAUACCAAGUGUUACAGGAACAUAAUCUUCUUAUGGAAUGUGGCCAUAUAUUACUAUUGGAGGCGCUGAAAUCCAAUAGAACCGAUUAUGUCAAAGUCCUCAUGGAUCACGGUGUAUCUGUCAAAAAGAAAGAUAUGCCAGUUCUUUACAGAUCGACUAUUAGUUGUACAAAGCAUGGACCAAAAGUUAAAGACUGUAACUGCUUAGGAAUGAUGUGGUUAAUGAAGUCAAUAAACAAAGAAGAGGCCAAGAAUUGUUUCAAGGACAAAAAGGUGGUUAAGGCUCUACAGGCUCCACAGACCAUUUGCAGAGAACUGCUCGAUUACCAGAAAAAGCAAUACACAUGUCAGAAAAUAAAACCAGAGGAAAACAAAGGUGAAAUACAAGAAAGUCAAACGGCCCAUUUAGAAGAUAUACUUCUUUGGGCAUUGUAUGCUAACAGACCAGAGAUUGCUGAAACAGUUUGGCUAAGGGGACAAAACCAGCUAAUGACAGGUCUGGUUUGCUAUGAAACAUUACGAAAGUUAUCAGACGAAGCCAGUGAUGUUAAAGAACAAAACUUUUCCAAAGACUUGCUGGAACAUGCACAAAUGUUUUACAAAAGAUCGUUAGAAUUACUUGAUUCCAUGUUUGAAACCGACUCCAAAAAGACUUUAAAAGUCCUGGAAGACUCUGUUAGCAUCUGGGGAAUAACAAGCAAUCCAUUGACCUUUGCUUACGAAAAUUUCAUGUACGAGUUCGUGGCCAAACCUGCAAGUCAGAAGAAUCUAAACAAAACCUGGUACGGAGGACAAGCGCCGCAUCUUAUCCCUUGUAUUAAGUCUGUACCCAAUCAUCCAGGCAAAGUAUUAACAUCUCCCCUGUCAAAGUACGUCUUCAAUUAUUUUCUGUUCUUGACAAUGCUGAUCAGCUAUAGUGCCUUUGUAACGACAAGUAUUAGUACCACAUAUUACGUCAGGGACAUAGCAAGAAUAUUUGAAUAUUACGUCUACUUCUGGGGAUUUGGUGAUUUGUUGGAGGAGUUUUUCAGUUGCUUUACCGCCAUUGAAGGAAAAUCCUACCGCAGUUACACAACUAUAGUAAAACGUUACUUAAACAAUUUUUGGAAUCAAGUAGACAUUCUGUCUUACGUAUUGUUGAUCACUGCUCUGUUUGUACGACACAUGCAUCCAUCCGAAACCUUCACUAUAUCACGAAGGAUGUUUUCCUUGUCUUUACUUAUUAUGUAUCUUCGUUUUCUGGAAGCAUUUCUUAUGAUUAGAACACUUGGCCCUACGCUGAUAAUGAUUAAAGAAAUGCUCAAAGACUUGUUUGGAUUUAUCAUCCUGCUCUUUGUUGUGAUUCUUGGUGUGGGGUUCUACUACCACGCCAAUCUGUGGCCGGAUCAUGUUUAUUUCUGGGAAGGUAGAUGGACAGACUGGAGAAUCUGGAAAGUCAUUUACUAUCCCUAUUGGCAGCUCUACGGAGAAACAUUUAACGAUUUCCUCGAAGGACCCUGCGCCGAGGACUGUACAAUAACCAAUUUUACUGUCUCUUCUCAUGGCUCCGAGGACAGAUGUCCCCAGGAAGAUUGGACAGUCGGUGCGGUGUCUGCUCUGUACAUGCUGUUCUCAAACUUGCUGCUUGUCAAUCUGGUCAUAGCUAUGUUCAGUUCUACAUACGAAAGAGUGACAGCUAAUGCGGAGAACCUUUGGCGAUUUGAACGUUACACCGUGAUCAUGAAUUACAAAUAUCGAGUUCCCUCUCCAGUUAAUUUGUUGUACACGAUCUACAGAGUAUACAGAUGUAUCAAGCGUGGUUCCUGUAGGAAUUCAUGUUGUUGCUGUUGUUUUGACUACCGUGAACCGAGCAAAACUGGUGAGUGGAUCACCACUAUAGUGUUUCUGAAACAAAAGGUUAAUGGUUAUGUUAUGGACUAA